AUGAAGAAUCUUUUGAGACACACUGUGGGAUUUGCUUCUGCUUGUUCAGCUUACGCUUCAUCUUUCCAUGUUUUCGACAAUACAGCCUACUUGAACACCUCAAUUGGCUAUGGGACAACCAACAUCAACUGGAUUCCAGCAUACGUGUGCAAUCCUCUUACCGAGGGAGGUGUUCUACCCUCAGCCGAUGCAUGGAAGGAGAUUGUCCUUGAAUGGAACGUCUAUCCGAGCUAUCCACUGGUGAUAGAUUGCGAAGACCUCUAUUUCAACGACGAUUCAAAAGCAGAUCUUUACCUGGAGAUAAUGUCCACCCUACAAACCUGGGCAGCAGAUGUGAUCCCUUCAGGUCAGGUCAUCGGCUGGUAUGGGCUAUCUGGCAAUACAGUUUCUGGGCUGUAUGAUCACUACCGGAGCCUGAUCGCAAACUACAGUAGCCACGCAUUUUUCCCAUCAGCAUACACCUAUAGUAGCAGCCUGACCACAUGGCACACUUCGUUGACAACUGUCCUCAAAACAAUCAACACGAUCAAUGACUCUUUGCCGGUUUGGCCAUACACAUGGCCUCAGUAUCAUGGCAACUACUCUUUCAUCCCCUCCGAUCUCUGGGAGGAUGAGUUAGAGAUUUUGGCGGAUAACGCCGAUGUGAAUGGCUUCGUUAUCUGGGGCGGCAAGAAUCAUGCGGUGUGCAACGAUAAUUGCCAAGAUAUUGCUGGAACGGAGCCUUGGUUGAAUGUCACUCGCACUUAUUUGAAGACUUUGUACGGCAUUUACAGCGGUGGCGCAGCCGUUGCAGGAUCUCAAUUAUUCAGUGGAGUAUAG